AUGGCGGCACCAUCUCCUAGCUCUGUGAAUGAGCUUCGAAGAAUUCUUAGAUUGCUUUCAACAGCUGUUGAAACCCUGAUUGAUGACCGAGAUAGGGUUAAUCGAGAAGAGAUCGACGGCCAUGGAACACCCCAUAUUACUGGCUUACAAUCACGCACGCAAUACGACGCCGUCAAAGUCAUACGCUCGGCGGUGGGCUCGUUGGAGAGCCUGAUCGUUGAUCCAUAUAACGUCCUGCUGGACUUCUCUAUGUCUUAUUUGCAAUCUAGAGCAUUGCAUAUUGCUGCAGAGAAUGAUAUUGCUGCAAAACUCGCGGAAUCUGGCCCAGAAGGACUCUGCAGCAGCGAGCUUGCCCGAAUAACCGGUAUCCAAGAUGAAAAACUGCGUAGAAUCAUGCGGGUGUUGGUUUCGAAUCAUAUCUUUGCAGAGGUCAAGGACGAUCAUUUUGUGAACAACCACAUAUCGCAAGUUUUGGCAAAUGAUAUCGAAUUCCGGGCUUUGAUUGUCACAAGAGGCCAGAUUCAAUACGCAGCCAGCGACUUCCUUCCAAACGCUCUGUCCAAAGCUUCAAAACACGCUGCAGACAGGCCAAGCCCGAACGCAUUUCAGCUGGCAGCAAGAACAAAGUUGCCUUUCUUUGAAUGGCUACACCAAAUGCUACCGGAGCGUGACGUGGACUGGCGUUUUCCAAACCCCGAGCAGUAUCAACAAUACUACGUGGGGAGUGAACAUGUGAGCUCGAAUGAUGUUGUGAUAGCUCGUCCUGAGAAAGCGUUGUUCAACGUUGCAAUGGGGGGACUGGGCCAGACUCACGACCAGUGUUGCAUCGAAGGCUACCCGUGGCUUGAUUUGGCUGACAAAGCCACCAUCGUUGAUGUGGGAGGUGGAAUCGGAAUGUUCUGUAUGCGACUGCAUUCCGUGCAUCCAAAAUUCAACAUCGUGGUUCAAGACAAGGCACCUGUCAUAGAACACGCAGUCAGCGUAUGGAAAGACAAAUGUCCCGAUGCGAUCGCCUUGGGUACAGCAAAAUUGAUGGCUCAUGACUUCUUUCAAAGAAAUCCUGUCUACGGCAGAUAUAUACUGGCUACGACACAUCCUGCAGCUGCUAUACUGUCCAACAUCCGUGAAUCGAUGACCUCGAGCUCCUCGUUACUCAUUGCUGAGAUCUUGAUGGUCAGUACGCUGGGCAGUGACAAGGUUCGCGCAGCUCCUCAACCGCUCCUGGCUAAUUACGGUCGUGCUAUGAAUACCGCACUCGCCAUGGAUCUCAACAUGAUGACAAUGACCGAAGGAAAAGAAAGGAGUCCGGAAGAUUUCGACCAGAUUGUCCGAGCGUCUGGGCUUAGGAUUGCAUCCAAGGUCACCGUCCUCGGCGACGGGCAAGUAGAGAUUGCGACACCGCGUCUCCUCUUGCGCGCGGCCCGAGAAAAUGACGUCGACUCCUUGCACGAGGCGUUUUCGAAUCCGGAGGUCAUGAGGUACUGGAGCACUACUCCACACCCUUCAAAGACAGAAACUGUCGAGUGGCUAUCGAAGAUGAUAUCGUCGCCUCAGAACGGCGUCACGGACUUUGUGAUUGCUCUACCUACCAGUCAUGCCAUUGGCAAGAUCGGAGUCUGGCAAGACAGCGAAAUUGGUUUCCUUCUUUCACGACAAAGCUGGGGGAAGGGAUUUGCACGAGAAGCUAUGCUUGGGAUAUUGGAGUAUCUAUUCGUGGAUCGAGGCUUGGUGGAGAUCACGGCCGACAUAGAUCCACGAAAUCGUCGGAGUGUAUCGGUUCUCGAGAGUAUGGGAUUUGUGAAGACCGGAUUCAAGGAGAAGACAUGGGAAGUUGGCGGCGAGUGGGUUGAUAGCGUCUACUACGGCCUGGCAAGGACAGCAUGGGAGCAAAACAAAACUGUGUCUGGACGGUAG